AUUGCUAUUCGUUUGGCAAUUCGUGCGUAUAUGCCCGGUGGUUUUGUGUUAACGUUAAGUUCCGUGUGUUUAACCAGGACAAUUUUCAAAUCCUGUGCUAAAUCCAGUGUUUAAUUUUUUAACAGAAUCAUGUCGACUAAUAAUGAAACCCAGCAGUUAGACCUUUCCUUAAAUAAGGAAACAACUUCAAAAAAACAUAAAAAAUAUUCAAGAUCAUUUCCCGAAUCUGAGGGCGAUGAAAUUGUUAUCUCCGGAAUGGCCGGGAAAUUUCCAAACUCUCAUAAUAUUGCGGAGUAUGAGCAAAAUCUCUACAAUAAGAUUGAUAUGGUGGAUGAUGAUGAGCGGCGUUGGCGACAUUUUAACCCCGAGAUCCCAAAGCGAUCAGGAAAAAUUUACAAUUUGGAAAAAUUUGAUGCAACAUUUUUUGGCGUUCAUUUUAAACAAGCUCAUACGAUGGAUCCUCAAACACGUAUUUUAAUUGAGACUGCAUAUGAGGCUGUAAUAGAUGCAGGUAUAAAUCCGAAAAGUCUACGUGGCACAAAAACCGGUGUUUACAUUGGUUCGUGUAUAUCUGAAUCGGAGAAGACGUGGUUUUAUGAAAAAGUGUCUUCAGGUGGUUUUGGUAUAACUGGAUGCAGUCGAGCUAUGAUGGCAAAUAGAAUUUCGUAUAGCUUAGGCUUAGAAGGUCCAUCUUUUUUAUUGGAUACUGCCUGUUCUAGCUCAAUGUAUGCCCUAGACAAUGCUUUCUCUGCUUUGCGUAAUGGAGAAAUAGACGCAGCUAUUAUUGGUGGAUCGAAUUUAAUAUUACACCCUUUCGUAACACUCCAGUUUGCCAGACUUGGUGUACUUGCUCCUAAUGGCUAUUGCCGACCUUUUGAUAAAAAUGCAUGUGGAUAUACGAGAUCUGAGGCUAUAAAUUGUCUAUUCCUGCAACGUAAACGUGAUGCUAAACGCAUAUAUUCGAGCGUUAUUUACUCGAAAACCAAUUGCGAUGGGUAUAAGCCAGAAGGAAUUACCUUCCCCUCUGGAAAACUUCAGGAGCAACUGAUUGCUGAAUUUUAUAAUGAAAUUGACAUUAAACCUGACGAUUUGGGUUACUUAGAAGCCCACAGUACUGGAACGGUGGUCGGAGACCCCGAAGAAUGCCGAGCAAUUGACAGCAUAUUAUGUAGUCAGCGUAAAAAGCCUCUGUUAGUUGGUUCGGUAAAAUCAAAUAUAGGCCAUUCGGAGGCGGCUUCUGGUAUUUGCUCACUGGUGAAGGCAUGUUUAGCAUUUCAAAAUGGGAAAAUUGCUCCAAACCUUAACUUCACUGAAGUAAAACCAGAAAUUACUGCUUUAUCGGAAGGCCGUCUGGUUGUGGUAAAAGAUGUCGUUGAACUAGAGAAACCAUAUAUAGGAGUAAAUUCUUUUGGUUUUGGUGGUGCAAAUGCCCACGCACUUCUGAAAGGUUUUGACAAAGAGAAAAUAAAUUGCGGGGUUCCAAACGAUGAUAUACCAAGGUUAUUAACUUGGGCCGGAAGGACUGAGGAUUCGGUCAAUUAUAUAUUCAACGCUAUAGAAAACCAACCAUUGGAUGCCGAAUUUUUUGCUUUAUUACAUAAUAUUCAGAAGGAGGAAGUUUCUGGCAUGGUGUUUCGGGGAUAUGCGGUGUUCGCGAAAAAUGGAACCGGCCAAGUGAAAACACACGGUAGGGAUGUACACCAUUUCACCGGUAUAAAACGUCCUAUAGUUUGGGUAUUUAGCGGAAUGGGUUCACAAUGGACCGAAAUGGGAGCUUCAUUGCUCCAGAUUCCUACUUUUUUGCAUUCCAUUGAGCAGAGUCACAAGACUCUUCAAUCUAAGGGACUUGACUUAAUGAACAUACUCACAUCUACGGAUCCCAGUACAUUCGAAAAUAUAAUGCACUCCUUCGUAGGAAUAGCUGCAAUUCAAAUCGGGUUGGUAGACCUCUUGCGCUCAUUAAACAUAGAGCCCAACUAUAUUAUAGGUCAUUCAGUAGGGGAGUUGGGCUGCGGCUAUGCCGAUGGAUGCUUUACUGCGGAACAAAUGAUUCUGUCUGCUUAUUAUCGUGGAAAAGUCAGUUUGGAAAUUGAGAAAAUAAAAGGAUCAAUGGCAGCUGUAGGAAUGGGUUAUAAGAAGAUUAUCAAUAUACUUCCUGAUGGCAUUGAAGUAGCUUGUCGGAACAGUGCAGAAUCUUGUACUAUUUCCGGGCCAGCUGAAGAUAUAGAAAAAUUUGUGGAGGAGUUAAAAGUUAAAAAUAUUUUUGCGAAAGAGGUACCUUGCUCAAAUAUUGCAUAUCAUUCCCGUUACAUAGCUCAUAUGGGUCCUGACUUUUUAAAAUAUUUGCAACAAAUCAUACCAGAUCCAAAACGUAGAAGUUCCAAAUGGUUGAGUACAAGUGUACCUAAAGAAGAUUGGGAGCAAUUUGGACGUAAUCUAUGCUCCGCAGAGUAUCACGCCAACAAUCUUCUGAAUAGCGUAUUAUUUGAAGAAACAUUUGAAAUGCUGCCCCAAAAUUCAAUAACUAUUGAAAUUGCGCCCCACGGAUUACUACAAGCAAUACUUAAACGAUCGAUGGCCAAUGGUAUUCAUAUUCCGCUUACACAACGCCACAAUAACAACAAUACUUUGUUUUUUCUUACGGCUUUAGGAAAAUUGUUUAGCAGUGGAGUUACGUUCCCCGUAGAAAAUUUAUAUUCGAAAAUUGAAUUCCCAGUAUCGAAGGGUACUCCUGGAAUCAGCUCAUUAAUUCGCUGGGAUCAUAGUGAAGACUGGUUUGUAACGAAAUAUGAGAACAUGAAAACUAAAUCGAGUGGAGAACGCUUAUUUAAAAUAAACUUAAGUAGCGAUAAUGAGGAAUUUAUGAGCGGUCAUGUUAUUGAUGGCAAAAUACUAAUUCCGGCUACAUGUUACCUUCAAUAUGUUUGGGAGACAUUUUCUUUGAUGUAUCAUGGUCCAAGCUACAUGGAUGUUCCGAUAGAGUUCGAGGAUGUACGAUUCAUACGUGCGACAAAUAUGACUUUGAAUGGAAGUGUAGAACUAAAUGUCAUGAUUCACUACGGAACAGGGCAAUUCGAGAUUACCGAGUCUGGAAACUUGGUAGUGACAGGGCGAAUACGUGAAAUUGAAAAUCCAGCAAUACCAAAUAUUUACGAGCCCUAUAAGGAUUCGGAAUUCCCAAUGUUAUCUAAAAAAGACUUUUACAAAGAGCUUAAGCUGCGAGGAUAUCAUUACAAUGGUGCUUUCCGCGCAGUGACACAAGCGCGUGGAGAUGGUUUAUAUGGAAAAGUAGAAUGGAAAUAUAAUUGGGUAACAUUUAUGGAUGCCAUGUUACAAAUUGAAAUUUUAGGAACUGAUUCACGUACCUUGCUUAUACCAACUAAAAUACGGAAAUUAAGGAUUAAUGGACCUCAUCAUUUUCACCUCUUGACUAAAAUGGAUCCGGAAGAGAGAGUUUUUGAUGUUUACGUUGAGCCUAAAUAUGAUCGGAUUGUUGCCGGUGGUAUUGAACUAAUUGGACUACACGCUAGCCCAGUUCAAAGACGUAAAGCUCCCGGAAUACCUGUGCUCGAGAAAUAUCAAUUUGUAUCACAUUUUCCAACACCAACUCUGGAUAUAACAGAAGCAAUUCGUAUGUGCGUCCAGUUAGCCCUUGAAAAUACCCCACUAUUAAAACUAAAAAUUGUGGAAGUAGGCGCGAAGAAUAAAGAGCCGGUGUUAUCGAAAUUUGUAGAAGCAAUUGAAGAUUUGCCAUUGGUAACAGGUGAUUUUCUGCUUUUCACAGAUCAACAAGUUGAUGAUAUAGCCGGUGUUCAUAUAGAAAACGCGAAAUUUGUCAAUCAAACCAAUUGCCAUUUUAUAAUUGCCAAUGAUCUGAGCCAUGAGGAAAACGAUACAAUAGUAACAUCAGCAUAUAAAAGUUUAGUUGAAAAAGGUUUUUUAGUUACGAGAGAAAAAAAAUUCAGGCAUACUCAUAAUUCAACAACUUUUGAAAAUUUCAAUUUAUUAGUAAAUAUCCGUUUGAGUAGUGAUGAGCAAGUGUUAUUAUUGCAAAAGGUUGGAACAAAACUGACAUUAGAGCCGUUAGUUGUGAAAAUUUCGGAAGAAGAUAAUGAAUUUGAAUGGAUUACCCAAAUUCAAACAUGCCUUUCUAACAAAACACCAGUUGUUCUUUAUUGUCUCAACGAAAAUUCAAAUGGUAUUAUUGGACUUGUGAACUGUUUACGUAAGGAGCCAGAUGGUAAUCUAAUUUCGUGCUUUUAUAUUGACGAUGAUAAUGCACCAGCCUUUGAUUUGGCAAAUACGUUUUAUAACAGCCAAUACGCCUUAGGACUUGCUAUUAAUGUAUAUUAUCAGGGUCAAUGGGGAUCUUAUAGACAUUUACAGUUGCUAUGUGAUGAGAUUCCAAAGCCAAGAUCUGAUCAUAUUUACGGAAACGUAAUGCAACGGGGUGAUUUAUCCACUUUACGCUGGUUGGAGGGGCCUUUGGACAUUGAUAAAUGCUCUGUUCGAAUUGUGUACUCAGCGCUUAACUUCAGAGACGUUAUGCUAGCAACUGGACGAUUGGCUGUUGAAUUAUACGGUAGUAGUCGUCUUGCUCAGUUAUGCGUAUUAGGCUUGGAAUUCUCUGGAAUAAAUGCAAAGACCGGUAGACGUGUCAUGAGUAUGGUAGCAAAAGCUGGUGUUGCAUCGUAUAACGAAAGGCCAUCCAAAUUUAUAUGGGAUGUUCCAGAUAACUGGACUCUCCAAGAAGCUGCUACCGUGCCAGUUGUCUACAUUACGGUUUACUACGCGUUUUUCAUGACCACCGAUAUACGAAAAGGAACGAGUAUACUUAUUCAUGCUGGAACUGGCGGAAUAGGCCUUGCAGCAAUACGGGUCGCCUUGGCAUACAAGCUUGAAGUAUUUACAACUUGCAGUUCUGAACUAAAGAAGCAAUUCUUAUUAAAAACAUUCCCCGAAUUAAAAGAAAGUCACAUUGGCAAUUCUCGAGAUACAUCCUUUGAAACUAUGAUACAGCAUGAAACCAAUGGCAAGGGAGUUGAUUUUGUACUAAACUCUCUGGCUGAAGAUAAAUUAUUGGCAUCAGUGCGCUGCUUGGGAUACGGUGGACAUUUCUUAGAAAUUGGAAAAUUCGAUAUGUCAAAUGACACCAAACUUGGGAUGAGCUGCUUCCUAAAAGAGAUAACGUUCCAUGCUGUUCUGGCCGACAGAUUAGAAUUUGCUUCAGAUGAGGAUAUUAAAUAUUUGAAACAUAUGGUGGAUGUCGAUAUUGAAAAAGGAAUUAUUCAACCCCUUCCAUGUACGAUUUUCCCUGCACAUGAAAUUGAACAAGCGUUUAGGCAUCUCAUAGGAGGAAAACAUAUUGGAAAGGUUUUAAUUCAAGUCCGGGAGGGUUCCGAAUCGAAACUAACGUUGCCAGUCAAAGUCUUAAAUCAGAUUUACUUUAAACCGGAUGUUAGCUAUAUAAUACCGGGUGGUUUAGGUGGUUUUGGCUUGGAGUUGGCUGAUUGGAUGGUAAUACGAGGGGCACGUAAAUUGAUUAUGAGCUCGAGUCGUGGCAUAUCGAAAGACUAUCAAGCUUACAGAAUAGCAUUAUGGGAGAGUUACGGUUGUAAAGUUAUUGUUAGUACUUUUGAUAUUAGCACGAUUGAGGGCUGUAUAGCUCUCCUUAGCCUUGCUGAAAAUGUAGGACCUGUUGGUGGAAUUUUCAAUUUAGCUGUAGUUUUGAGAGACGGAAUAUUUACAAAUCAAGCCAAGGAAAAGUUUUUAGAAAGCUUUGCUCCAAAAGCAAUUGCAACAAAAAAUUUGGACCAACUAUCUAGAUUACAUUGUCCGAAUCUGGAAUAUUUCGUUGUAUUUUCAAGUGUUUCAUGUGGUCGUGGCAACGCUGGACAAUCUAAUUAUGGCAUGGCUAAUUCUAUUAUGGAACGUAUAGUUGAAAAACGUGUUAAAGAUGGUUAUCCCGGAAAAGCAAUACAAUGGGGUGCGGUUGGUGAAGUUGGUUUAGUGGCAGAUAUGGCUGAAGAUAAAAUCGAUAUGGAAAUUGGUGGAACACUACAGCAACGAAUUUCAUCUUGUUUGUAUGAGUUGGAUACAUUGUUAUCUACCUCAGAGCCAAUAGUUUCUAGUAUGGUAGUAGCUGAAAAACGCUCCGGACGCUUAGGUAAUGAAAGCAUUCUUGAUACAAUCAUGAAUAUUAUGGGCAUACGAGAUUUGAAAUCUAUUUCAUUGGGAACCACACUUUCGGAAAUGGGAAUGGAUUCCCUCAUGGCUGUCGAAAUAAAACAAACUUUGGAGAGAGAUUUCGAUCUCAUAUUAACACCACAAGAUUUACGUUCCCUUACAUUCCAAAAACUGCAAGAAUAUGCAGAUGCCCGCGACACAGAGAGUACGAACGCUGUUAAAAUGAUAUUUGCUUCAGAUAGUAAUCUUUUAGGAAUGGAAAUCUUAUUAAGAAAUUUGGGCGACGAAACACGUUGUAAUGAAGUUAUGAUACCCCUUAAGACAGCGGCAGAUGCUACUAAACAGUCUAUGCCGCCAAACAUUAUAAUACCGGGUUUAGAGGGUACAGCAGGUCAAGCUUGGUAUAAUAUGGGCUCAUAUAUAAAGAAUAAUACGAAUGUUUUACAACUCCACAAAUUUAGUGAAUGUACAACAGUUAAGGAAGUUGCCGAAGCAUGUUUUGAAGACGUGAAAGCAGAACUAAAAUCUACAGAACCGUUUUAUAUCAUCGGAUAUUCAUAUGGUUCAUUUAUUGCACUAAAAUUAGCUGAAAUGCUAGAAAAGGCUGGUUAUCGAGGACAACUUUUACUCAUCGACGGAUCGCCACAUUUCCUAAAAAAAUUAACCCUAGCACAUCUUGGGGACGAUUUCAGUGAUAAUGAUUUAUAUAAUUUACUCCUUUCAAGUAUUGUGAAACAAAUAUUUCCGGAAGAAAUCCAAGAAUUAGUGGCUUUAGAAUUUAGUAAACGGGAAGAACUAACAAAUAAGAUGCUUAAAUUUAUGGAAUAUGUAAACAAGCAAAAUUUAUAUAGCGAAGAAUACGCCAAAAGUAUGGUGCAUGCAAUGUUUCGACGUAUACGAAUGGCGGCAAACUAUGACUUAGAUACUAGUGAUAUACUUACAACACCCAUAGUUUUAAUACGGCCGGCAGAGGUAUCUUUACAAGACAUAGAAGAGGAUUAUUGUUUGUCAAAAAUUACUACAGGAAAAGUGGUUUUAAAAGUGAUUGAAGGAAACCAUACGUCAAUGUUGGAUAAUCCAAUGCUUCCGCAAAUAAUUAAUGAAAUGGAUCCUUCGGUUCAAGAAGAUAAAAAUUUUGAAGAAUACAUACGGGAUGUUAAACCAAUUACCCCUGUGCUAUAAAAUAAUUCCAGAUUUAUUAUGUUAUUGCAUAUAUAUAUAAUAAGUUGUAGAUUUUUUGCUCAUAAUACAUAGAUAAAAUGCCCUUUACAAUAAAACUACGUAUACAUACAAA